UGUAAGUUAGGCAGGGAGGGGGGUUUCGACAGCAGAAGGGGGGAAAACAAUCUGUAGUGGUCUGGCUUCUGCAUGACAGUUGUCGAUUGGAGCCUGCGGGGGAUGUGAGUGCCGUGAGCUACGACUGGUGGCCUAGAGAGGCGUUCGGCAGCGUGCUGGCGGCAUUCCAUCCGCCUUCGUAAGGCUUCGUUGGGAUCGGUCGCCUUGAAGUUGUCGUCAAUUUGUGGAUCAAGCUUUUCUCCUGCUGCGUGGGCGGAGAAAGGCUUGAUCCUGUGCAGCUGUGGGACAGACGCUCUCUUCAUUUGCCUGAGAGUUUUUUGCCGCCUUCAAGUUUGCUCGCGCGUGGAGAAGUAUCAGUGAUCGGUUGCCGUUCGAAGCCGUCAAGAUGGCCCUGCUGGAGCCAGCCACGACUCCUCCGCAAAAUGGUCACUAUCACGACUCGGCAGGAAUCUGUUUCGACGGCAGCCAUCUGAGGAUCGAAGACAUCGUCGCCAUCUCUCGGCGUUCCAUGCCGGUACGGCUGUCGGAUGAUCCGAAGUUCUGCAGCCGUAUCUCUCUGGGAGCCAAUUUUCUGGAUCGCCUUCUGCGUGAGGAGAAGGCGAUCUAUGGCGUGACUACCGGUUAUGGGGACUCCUGCACCGUGAGCAUUCCUGCAGAUCUGGUCGAAGAACUGCCGCACCGGCUAUACACCUUCCAUGGCUGCGGUGCAGGUCGAAUGCUCACUGCCGCGGAGACGCGAGCGGUACUCGCCGUCCGACUUGCCUCGCUGGCAAGAGGGGUGUCCGGGGUCAGCCUAGACCUCUUGCGGCAGCUCGAAUUACUCCUGGUGCACGACAUUCUGCCGCUGAUUCCCGCCGAGGGCUCCGUCGGCGCGAGUGGCGACCUCACGCCGCUGUCCUACGUGGCAGCGGCGCUCUGCGGUGAGCGCAAGGUGCUUUUCCGCGGGGAGACCUGUGACGCGGCGCAGGCGCUGGAUGCCAUCGGCGCCCGACCUCUGCGGCUCCGCCCCAAGGAAGGUCUAGCAGUCCUGAACGGCACCUCCGUGAUGACGGCGCUGGCCUGCCUCGCAUGGCGGCGAGCCGACUACUUCAGCCGGCUUGCAACGCGGCUCACAGCGUGCACUGUGGUCGCCACCGCUGGCAAUCCGGGGCACUUCGACGAGGGCUUGCAUGCCGUUAAGCCUCAUCCUGGCCAGCAGCGAGCGGCGGCGCGCCUGCGAAGCGAUCUGCAAACGGACCGUGCACCAGCCAAAGAACGCCGCCUGCAGGAUCGCUAUUCCCUGCGCUGCGCCCCUCACGUAAUCGGCGUGCUCGAAGACGCGCUGCCUUGGCUCAGAAGCAUCAUUGAGAGCGAGCUCAACAGCGCUAAUGACAACCCCAUAAUUCUCGGCGACGAGGWGCGCGUUCUGCACGGCGGGCAUUUCUACGGCGGCCACAUCGCCUUCGCGAUGGACACACUGAAGAUCGCGGUGGCCAACGUGGCCGACCUGCUGGACCGCCAGCUGGCACUGCUGGUCGAUCCGCGUUUUAACCACGGGCUGCCCUCAAAUCUGUCGGGCACAGUCGGCCACCGCGCGGCCAUUAACCAUGGGCUGAAGGCACUGCAGAUCAGCGUGUCGGCAUGGACGGCGGAAGCGUUGAAGCUCACCAUGCCUGCUUCCGUCUUUUCGCGGUCCACGGAGUGCCACAAUCAGGACAAGGUGAGCAUGGGCACCAUCGCAGCCCGCGAUUGCCUCCGUGUUCUCGAGCUGACCGAACAGGUCACUGCGGCAAUGCUGAUUGCGGCGCGGCAGGGCGUGACCUUGCGAGGGCAGGUUGAUGGCAGCUUGUCCUUGUCGCCGGUGCUGGAUUCCUUCAUCGCCGAUCUCGGUCAACGCAUCAAGCUGGUCGUGGAAGACCGUGCCCUCGACGAGGACCUGCAGGACCUUCUUGCCGCCCUGCGGAAGGAGUCGUGGCAGCUUUAUUCAUGAUUAAUUUGACUUUAUGAGCUGCGGCGAGAUGCGGCCUGUGAACCGCCGUUCUCCGAUCGUAAGGCCCUUCCGACAAGGAGUACAGCACCAGUGCAGCCUUGCCCUGAUGCCGCCGGUUGGCCAUGUCAUGAAAUCG